CAACAUUACUCUCGCAAACCUUGCGUCCUCUCCUUCGCGUCAUUGCGCCUCACCCACUUCGAGCAUGUCCAUCUCAUCUUGUUCCUAAUCAUGUCCGACUCCGACUUUGACGAGUUCGCCUCUGACUCUUUUGCCGUGGACGACUCGUUCUUUGCUCAGCUGGAUGACAUCGAGGUAAAGGCCAUCUCAUCCACCUCAGCGCGCGCUCGUUCCAUUGCCACCGCUUCCGAGCAAGCACACGCAUCUACCUCCUCUUCAAAUGCUCAAGCAGGUCCCUCGCGUCUUCCGCCAAGCGCGGCGUCGCGCCGCGCUGCCGCCCUUGGUGUGCGCUUACCUCGCCCGACACCGCACCCCUCGAGCGAUGACUAUGGUGAAAUGAGCCUCACCCCCGAGUCGCUUGAGCAGAUCGAUCACGCAGUCCGAGCGAAAGGCACUACCAUCAUCCCUUCCUCUGGCAUCUCGCAGCAGCGUGCAUUUGCGCGCACCAAGUCCGGCAAUAUGCUUCAGACUCAUCUCAACUUCCGCCGUGAGAACCCAUACACCAAGGGCAAGCGGUGGGAUCGCACCGUAUUCGCUGCAACUGGGCGGAGGGUGUCGGUCAAGAAAGGAAAGGCGAAGGCGCGGCCGUAUGGGGACGGGGACGACGAAGAUGAUGAAGACGAGGAUCAAGAAGAACCUCUCGCGCCCGAUCCGGCUCCCCUGGUUGACACCACCCGUCCUUAUGAACCGCAGAAACAUCACUACGUUCAAUCCACGAUAAGUACAUAUCUCUACCCCACCAACCACCCCAAGCGAUCCUACCAGUACGACAUCAUCCGCUCGUGCUUCACGGACAACACUCUCGUUGCGCUCCCAACAGGACUGGGCAAGACAUUCGUUGCAGGUGUCGUAAUGCUGAACUUCUACCGCUGGUUUCCCACUGGCAAAAUUGUGUUUCUCGCACCCACACGACCGCUUGUCAAUCAACAGAUUGAGGCGUGCCAACUUACCUGCGGUAUUCCCAGCAACGAUGCCGCGGUUAUGACAGGUCAGAGCAUGGCCGCAAAGAAGCGAGACAAGAUGUGGGACGAGCGUCGCGUGUUCUAUUGCACUCCGCAGACACUUGACAAUGAUCUGCAACGUGGUGCUGUAGAUCCGCGGGACAUCGUCUUAGCGGUCUUUGACGAAGCGCACAAGGCAUCCGGCUCUUAUGCCUACACGACUAUCCUCGCACUGAUCACCGCGCAGAAUCCUUACUUCCGGGUUCUGGCUCUUACUGCCACCCCAGGAAAUGACGUUCCUAGAGUGCAAGGUGUUGUGGAUGCGCUUCACAUCAGCCGCAUUGAGAUUCGGGAAGCUGAGUCACCUGAGGUACGCCAGUACAUGAACGAUAAGCACACCGAAAAGCAUGUGAUCUCUAUGGGACCCAUCAUUACAGAGCUCAGAGACCGAUGGGCAGCUUUGAUGAAGCCGAUCAUUCAGAAGCUCGUCGAGCGGCAUGUCUUGACAGAGCGCGAUCUCGAUGUAAAGCGCCUCAAGACAUUCCGCGUCACGGCCCGACGGAUGGAGAUUGCUCGCGACAGGACUUCCGGGCUCAAGUGGGCGAUGGGAACCCUGGGUAACUUGGAGAAGAUGUGUCGUGCCAUGGCCUAUCUCCUGGAGUUCUCCUUGGGCAUGUUCCUCACCUCUGCUACGGAGAUAGCUGGUAAUCCCACAACUGCGGGUAAGGCGGGGAACUCGAGAGGAGGCGCCAUGAGUAUGCGCAGCAAUGUCGAGUUUCAACGAAUCCUCAUGGAUGUCGAGCACGAAAUGACCGCCAUUAGAAAGCAUCGCGAAGGCAAGACACUAGCCGACUCUCACCCCAAGAUGCAGAAAACGUUGGAACUGCUUCUGGCACAUUUUGCUCAGGCAGAGGAAGAUGAGCAGGUGCACGGUGUUCGCAAUAAUACCCGUGCAAUGGUGUUUUGCUCCUUCCGGGAGUGCGUGUUGGAGGUUGUGGACAUGCUUAACGAGCACCCUCACUUGCUCAAGGCCACCAAGUUUGUCGGCCAGUCCCAAGGCAAGCAGGAGAAGGACAAUGGCUUCACUCAGAAAGACCAGAAGAAGACCAUCGAGGAGUUCAAGGAGGGCAAAUACAACAUUCUCGUGUCAACCUCGAUCGGGGAGGAGGGUCUCGACAUCGGGGAGGUGGAUUUCGUGGUCAUUUACGACAUGCCGAAACAGUCAAUCAAGCUUUUACAACGCAUUGGCCGUACUGGGCGCAAACGCGAUGGACAGGUCCACGUUCUAAUGUCCGAAGGCCGCGAGGACCUCAACUGGGAAACCGCACAGCAAACUCACCGUGACAUCCAGAAGGAGAUCCUUCACAGCCGGAAUCUGGAGCUGUUUGAGGACGUGGAGCGUCUCCUGCCUGCCAAAUUCCCGGAGUGUAUUGAGAAGGAAAUGGAAAUCGAUCCAUGGGACCCGUCCGAGCAGGGUCGUAUGUUACCAGCGGCCUCCCAAUCUCAAGGUCGGGCAUCCGGAAGAGGGUCGUCAAAGCCUGCGCCUGCCAAGAGAAAGCGUGUCUCAGAGGUGCCUCCUGGACACGAGGGUUUUAAAACUGUUGCCCAGUUGCUUAAGCAGGGUGCUGGGAAGCGCAAAAAACGGGGCGACUCGGACGAGGAUGAUGGGAGCUCUGACCCAGAUGACGUGGACCCAUCCUCCUCACGCUCCGGCAGCAAGGCAAGUAGAUCGAUUUCGCGCGCCAAGGGUUCGAAGAAACCGCGGUCCUCGGAGCCCAAGAGUUCAUCAGAACCCAAGAAGCUCAGCCGCCAGGAGGAACGAGAGAAGGCAGCCGAAGAGUUUGAGCGCAAGCGCGAGAAUCUCAACCGCAGAGCGCUCGACUUCUUCAACACGCAAGGGCCCGCACGCCAGCUGAGCUCAUCACCGAGGCGUGCGACCCCGCCAUCCUCACCACACGCAUACAGCACCGCGGUUGCCAACGGCAAGGAGGCAGCGCCCCCCGCCGAAAUUGCAGGCCUAAGCCAGGUCGAUCUGAGCAUGGACAGCGACGAGGAACUCGAGCUCGUCAAGCCAACUGUGUCGCCGUCACGCCCAUUCUCCUCGCGCAGCGCCCCUCGCCUUUCGAACAUGGGCCCUCCGCCGGUCCCCUCAUCCCCCACUCGCCCAAGUGUGGUGCACGAGACCCCGCUGUCCCGCCUGACCAGACCGUCGCCAUCCACUGGCGGCACUGAGCCCACCCCCUUCCCCGUUCGGCGCCAAGGUCGGCGCGUGGUUUUGCCGUCCAGUGAGCCGGACAGCCCAGCCCCUCGGCCACUGCAGCGCCUGCGCCGCCGUCCGCCGUCCUCGCCUGACGGCACGCCGGACACAAGCCCGAUCGUAGACCGGGGUACGCGUCGGGCGCGCGAGUCUCGCGCCAUCGCUGCUCACUUCGUGGACAUAGACGCGGGUGUGUCAGGCUCCGGCAGCUUAGACGAAGGCUCGGGCGAAGAGGACGAAUACGACCGCGGCUUUGUGGGUGACUUCCAGGCCACGCAGGCUCCGCGUGGGUAUGACCAGCGCGCGAUAUACCGCGCCGGCCUGUCGACGCAGGUGGCGGGCCAGGCCGGCCUAGCUUUCGCGUCGCGCGAUCGCUCGCCAGCCUUCUUGGCCAAGGCGCGCGUGCCGGUGCUACUUUCCGAUGACGAGCAUGCGCGAAGCAGCGACAAUGAGUACGAGUUGGGCAGUUUCGUGUGCGAUGACGACGAAGCCGUGGCAUUUGACUCGUCGCAGCGUAGCGAUGCGCUUAGACUGUAGCAUGGUGUUGUACUGUACAUGUGUAAUAUUGCAUGAGGUGUACAUUUCUAGGUGGUCUGUGAGGAUCAUACAACAG